AUGGAAAACUCAAACUUGAAAAAGGUGAACAAAUUCAAUCCUAUUUACUACACACACAAUAUCAGAGACUGAUGAAAUUAUAUGACUUCAACAUUUGGGUUUAACUCACUUUUUAUUCUGGCCAUGGUCUAUUGAUCCCAAGGAUUACGCCAAUUCGGGGUUUUAGCUUCAACCUUAUAUUACAUGGACGACUUAAAGCUUGACCCCGCAACUGCACAAAUCAUAAGAACUUUUACUUUUACAGCUUGGUACAUUAAGCCAGUAUAUGGGAUGCUCAGUGACAUAUACAUUAAAUGGCGACGGCGAAUCACCCCUUUUUCUCAACACCUGCAGCCGUAGUUCCCACAGGGCUACGCCACUUUGUGGAAGGGAAUAUGCGCUCGGGUGUAUAUCCGGCCAGAUUUUGCUUGGUUUGGCGGAGUGCAAUGAUAAAUUUGGUCAACUGCAGUUCAUUCCAGGUCAAGGUUUUUACCUCAGGGGAAAUGGAAUUCAGAAUUGGAAAGGGUGACCCAGCAACACCAAGGAGUACUACUUGAUCCCUCGGGCUCUUCUCCAGCGUGAUACUGGGCGUUCCUUCCAGGCUUUGGAUUUCCAUUUUGGUCGACAGCCUGACCAGAAAAAUUUGUUUUUCAAAUUUUCGGAAAAGGCGAACUCUGUUGACGUACGGCAUGGUGACACAACUCAUCCAAAUACAGGCAGCGAGUGCAGGCCCUCAUCUGUAAGAGCGAGACACUGAAGGUCGUGCACGAUUGGUGGUGAGCAAUCGAGUGGAACGUUUAAUGGGUGAAGGUAGUCAAGGUAGUCCUUCGGGAAUUACAGUGCACUUCUGAUAUAAGUAAUUGAUGUUAAUGUUAAUGGGAUGUUCAGUGAUAAUAUACCAAUUUUUGGGUACCGAAGGAUAGCUUAUAUGAUUUUGGCAAGCCUUUUAGGGAUUUCAGCAUAUUUGAGCAUUUUAUUUACUGCCAACCUUUAUUGGGUUGUUUUUGCACUGAUUUUAGGAGAGUUUGGGCAAGCUAUUUCUGAUGUAAUCGCAGAUGCCAUUAUGGUGGAAGAGUCAAGAAAAGACCCAGUCGGAGGCUCCGGGUCUUUACAAUCAUUUUGCUGGAUUACUCUUUCAUUUGGAGGUUUUUUAGGAUCUAUAUUAGGAGGACUAUGCCUCAGCUAUUUAAACCCGAAAUAUGUAAUUGCUUCACAAGCGAUUUGUCCAUUUUUAUGCUUGCUAGUAUCAGUGAGGCUAGAUGAGGAACCUGUUUCAGACCCAAUUUCUUUCCAAGCGAUUUCUUCAAGAAUGUGUAUACUAUGAGAUGCUUGCAGAAAGCCUUCAAUUUAUAAACCUCUUAUUUUUAUAUUUUUAUCAAACGCGCUUUCUCCAUCAUUCUAUGAGCUGAUGCUGUAUUUUAUGAAAAAUGAGUUAGGUUUUAGCCCUAUGCUACUAUCUACACUAAAUAUUGUAGGGUAUAUAACCUUAGGAUUUGGCGGAUUUGCAUACAACAGAUUUUUCAAAUUAUGAAGUUUUCCGAAAAUUUUGGGUACUGGACAAGUGCUCAGCUGUAUUUGUGGGAUUUUUGAUAUUUUAUUUGUGCUGAAAGCUUAUGAAUAUAUACACUUUUCAGCUGUAGCUUUUGCUGUCAGUGGAGAUACUCUUAGUGGGAUUAUAAGCUUUACCUUUAAAUCAAUGCCUUUAAUGGUUUUAAGUGGAAAGCUAUGCCCAGAAGGUGUUGAAGCCACUCUCUUCGCACUUUUUGCAUCAAUCAGCAAUUUUAGCUAUGCAGUGUCAAUAUUUUUUGGAGGAAUGCUUACACAAUGGUUUAGGAUUAGUGCAACAAAUUUUGAUUUAAUUUGGAUUCUUAUGGCCAUUCGAGCCCUUACCAAACUGCUUCCGUUGCCUUUCUUAGGGCUGCUACCUCAGGAAGAAACAAAAAAUGAGGAUGAAAUUAUAGAGUUAGAAGUAUUAGAUGAGCCAUUUACUGUGUAA